GUCCGUCUUGCACGCUCUCUCUCGUGCACUGUCAUCAACAUUCCCCUUAUCCUUCAUUCAGCUGUGGCUGAGGCUAAGUGCCGAAAACAUGAAGUACUUAGCUACCGCUGCAUUGUUCCUCACUUUUCUCCUUUUCUCAACUACUGCUGGAGCAUCUCAUGAUCCUUGUGCUUCCUCAAAAUCAGACCUCUCAGUCAUUCACAUCUAUGGCAAAUGCUCCCCCUUCACCCCUCAAACUAACCCGGCGCCUGCACCUGCCGCCGCAUCAUCAUGGCUCAACACAAUUCUGAACAUGGCCUCCAAAGACCCCCAAAGGGUUGCUUAUUUGUCAAGUUUAGUGACAGCUAAGAAGGCUACUAAAGCCACCUCCAUCCCCAUUGCCUCCGGCCAAAAUGUCUUGAACGUCGGCAACUUUAUCGUCCGGGCCAAGAUUGCUCCUGCCCAGCUCCUGUUCAUGGUGCUGGACACCAGCAAUGACGUUGCAUGGGUCCCAUGCAGCGGCUGCACAGGCUGCUCCUCUACCGUAUUUUCUCCAAACACUUCCACUAGUUAUGCGGCUUCCGACUGUUCCUUGCCGGAAUGUACUCAAGUCCGCGGACUCUCUUGCCCGACCACCGGUGCCGGUGCUUGCUUAUUCAACCAGUCCUACGGCGGAGAUUCGUCGUUUUCCGCUACGCUGUCGCAUGAUUCUCUGACGUUUGGGCCUGAUGUGGUUCCGAAUUAUGCUUUCGGAUGCAUAAAUGCAGUCUCCGGUGGGUCAAUACCGCCCCAAGGUCUGUUGGGUUUGGGCCGAGGCUCCUUGUCCUUGCUCUCUCAAUCCGGCUCACUAUACUCCGGGGUGUUCUCGUACUGCUUGCCCAGCUUCCGGUCAUACUACUUUUCUGGAUCACUCAAACUUGGGCCGGUGGGCCAGCCCAAGAGCAUCAGAACCACCCCACUACUCAAGAACCCACGGCGGUCCUCCUUGUACUAUGUCAACCUGACGGGUAUUACUGUGGGUAAGGUCCGGAUACCCAUUGCUCCGGAGCUCCUGGCAUUCGACCCAACCACAGGAGCGGGUACAAUAAUUGACUCGGGCACGGUUAUAACCCGAUUCAUCCUACCCAUUUAUACCGCAUUGAGGGAUGAGUUUAGGAACCAGGUGAAAGGCCCACUUAGUUCCUUGGGUGCAUUUGAUACGUGUUUUGCGGCUACAAAUGAAGACGUAGCGCCCGUUACGUUCCAUUUUCAGGGAUUGGAUUUGGUUUUGCCGCUGGAGAAUAGUUUGAUACACAGCAGUUCAGGUUCCUUGGCUUGUUUGGCAAUGGCAGCCGCUCCAAAUAAUGUGAAUUCCGUGUUGAAUGUCAUUGCCAAUUUGCAGCAGCAGAAUCUUCGGAUUUUGUUUGACACAGCCAACUCUCGCCUGGGAAUUGCUCGUGAACUCUGUAAUUAAUUAAGUAGACCCUAGUCUUCUCAGCAUUGGCAGCCCGGUGGUGAUUUUAGACUCUUGCAUUUUUUUAUUUGGACCUUUUGUGCUUUGUAACUUGAUUAUGUUCUGUAUGCUUGGUUUGAUUAAAUAGCAAUUGUAUUGGUACAUGCAUUACCAUUCAAAGUGGUAGUACAUUUUGAUUUGAGGCUCUAA